AUGCCGCAUUUCGACCAGCUUGACCCUCCGAAGAAGGGCAAACCAAUCAAAUCAGCCUUCGACAGUGAGAGCUUUGAUGCCGAUGGCACUAUUCAUGUCGCCGGGCUCGUGGGAUCCGCGACAAUCGCUCCUUCGGGUCGCGAUGUCGCCUUAGCAUCGCCUGAGGGCUUGUCCAUCAUUGACUUGGACUCACCAUACAACCCUCCCCGGCGCCUCAGCAGCCACGGCUCACCAUGGCUCGUAACCGACGUUCAGUGGUCACCCUUCGCCGCUCGCGACUACUGGGUCGUCUCUACAGCAAACCAUCGCGCCCUCGUAUGGAACCUAAACCUGAGGGACGACUCGGCCUCCGGCGCCAUCGAACAUUCUCUCCAAGGGCAUAGCAGAGCCAUCACCGACAUCAACUGGUCUGCGCACCAUCCCGACCAGCUCGCUUCUUGCGCCGUCGACGGUUACGUCCACUGCUGGGAUCUGAGGCGCCCAAGACAGCCUGUACUCACCUUCUGCGACUGGUUCGCCGGCGCUACCCAAGUCAAGUACAACCGCCAGGACCCGCACAUCCUGGCAUCGUCACACGACAGGUGGUUGCACAUAUGGGACGAGCGGCGAGCAUGCGAGCCCUUGAAAUCGAUCAGCGCGCACACAUCGAAGAUCUACGGUAUCGACUGGAACCGCACCCAGUCAACCAGGAUCGUCACGUGUUCUCUGGAUAAGCACAUCAAGUUCUGGGACUACGGCAGCGACCAGGAUGUUCCGGAGCGUGUCAUCCGAACCGAGUUCCCGGUGUGGCGUGCUCGUCACACCCCGUUCGGCCGGGGUCUCCUAGCGAUGCCUCAGAAUGAACCAGGCGAUCUGUAUUUGUACGACAGGCGACCUCCGCCAAAGGACCCCGAGGAGGGACCGACAGAGCCUGUCGCGAUCUUUCCCGGCCACGGCAACCACAAAGCCAAGGAGUUCCUGUGGAGGAGCAGAGGCAGCAUUAACGAUGAGGGGCUGGACAACAGGGAUUUCCAGCUGGUAUCGUGGGGAGACGACAACGAGCUGCGGCUGCAGCAGGUUGACCCGUCGAUAUUGGAGUCUGUUGGCUACGUCAAGGGGAUGCCUGCGCCGAAGAAUAUUGUGCUUACACGUAAAGGCGCCGCCUACAAAACAUUUCGAGCAGUGGAGGACAGUGUCAGCCGAGACAGGCGAAGUGCGACCAUGAGCGAUCCCCGCACCGGCGCGCAGCACCGACAGAGUGCCUUGACCAUGGGCAUGCGAUCUGGGCCGACCACUUAUACCAGACUUGGCGCUGGCUGGAAGGGUUCUUCCAUGAAGGCUAAGAGCACCUUCAAGGAGCAGGAUCGUAGCCAGGCGCAUAUCGGCUGGAUGAAGGGAAUCAUGAUGAACAAGAGGAAAACCUCGACCGACAGCCCCAGGAGAGCAGACUCGAAAGACUCGACCAUGUUCAGCCCUGGAUACAUGGAUGACGACAAGUGGGGAGACCCGGAGACGAUUCAGGAGGAGUUCCUACGUAUCAGUGUGCAACUACCGAAGGUGAAGUGGGAGAACAUCGACAUGGACUCGUUGACCCUCCACGCAUCCCUGAACGGGCCCUGGGGAGCGAACGGGGAAACCAUCUUCAUCAAGGUCAGAGUCGACAUACCUGCCAACUAUCCCAAGUUUAAGGCGCCAAAGUUCUACAUCGAGAAAACGAGCUUUAUGCCAGAGAAAACCCACAGAAAGGUCGAACACGAGAUUCACGAGCUCUGCCACCAAUUCUUGCAGCAGAAGCAGAACUGCUUGGACGUGGCGUUCUCCUAUCUGUUGGGCGAAAUCGACCUUGCAGCCAGCACCAACUUCUUCAAAAACGUCAAAGACCUAGACGAUCCCCUAGAUGGACUCGCGUCCGAAAGCUCCAGCGAAGAUGAAAACGACAUUCCCGCCGGCGGCUCUGCGUCCAUGUCCCAGGAAUUGCCUCCGAAUCCCGAUGCCGACAGCACGUUGGCACCAAACAACAGACCCACGAUCCCUCCUCUGCCGCGAUUCUGCGGCGCAAGAUUCUCGAAUGAUGGCAGGCUUGUGUGCUUCUUCCCGACCAAGGAAGAAAAGGCGAAGGCGUUGCUGUUCGCGCCCAUCGAACCGCUCCGCGAGAGACCAAAGGGCGAGCCCGUGUUCGCCGGCUUUGGCCGUCUCGCGCAUGAUUCACCCCCUGGGAAGAGAUAUGGGAAUGACGAAAUGUCUGCCACAGACGAACAAUCCGACUCCGACGAGACGGACGGCUCGUCGUCGUCCAGUGACUCGGAGUCUACUUCCAUUAACAAGAUGAGCUUGUGGUACCAGCCGCGCCAUCGUUUCCGGAGAACCUGGAGCGAGAACCGGUCCGUCAGAUCUAGUGGCGGGGGUACGGGAGUCGGCACCGGCACCGGCACGGGGUCACUCAGGAGACGACCUCCGGGCAAGUCCAAGAACGUCGUCUCGCUCCACGACCUGUCCGACAUUCUCCCCGCGAAGAAGGAAUUUGCCAAGGAGUAUGCAAUUUUCGGAGAGGGAGCGGAGGUCUGCGAACACAAUGCUAAGGUCGCCGAGAAACACGGCUGUCAAGAUUUGGUGGACGUCUGGCGCUAUCUCUCGUUGCUUCUACGUAGAGACAUCCCGCUGGAACUCUUGAACUUGGACCAACGUCAGAACUCCUCCAUUCUGGUCAUCGCCCGAGACGCCAUCUCCCGCUUCCGUGCCGAGGGCGCCUCGCCCGACUUGGAGAAAUCCGGCAAGGACGUCGCCGACUUCAAUGGUAGAGUCAAGUGGGGCAACCAUCCGCUUGCCAAGGACUUCAUCAAUGACCUGUUCGAAUACUUCGAGAGGACGGCGGACAUUCAGAUGUUGGCCAUGCUCUCGUGCAUUUUCAGCGAAUCCUUCACGGAAGACAGCGUCGCGUACGCCGAGUCGCACCUCUCGCAGCCCGAGACGCCGCUGCCAAUGAAGGCGCCGUCUUUCUCUCUCGACUACUUCCCGACUGACGCAUCCCUCUGGAACCUCAACGGAAGAAGCCAGACAAACUCCGCGAUAACCACCCCGCGCACUUUACACACGCCAAUCCGCUACUCUGGCUCUCAAGGCUCCGCCGAGGAAGUCCUCUGGGCCGGCGACCCCGGAUCGAACUCGUAUUCCUGCGGCGAGACCCCGCCGACCAAGGGCGUCAAAGAAUACCUAGGCCACGAAGGAGACCAAACACCCAGCCUAUCCACAUCGCCCAGCGGCCGUGGCCUUACGAGAGCAAACUCAGGCCUCACCUCGAGCUUCGCCAUCAACUUCCCCCGCCCCUUCAGCGGCGUCGCCACGGGAACCACAACCGCCGCCUCCUCGCCCCCCAACAACCACGGCCGAAAGCGUCCCAGCCCCGCGGACACGAUCCUCAGCACCCUGGCCCCCGGCGCCGUCGGCAACGUGACGUGGGGAAGCUCAACCAUCAUGGGCGGCGGCGCCGACCCGGGCACUGCUCGCACGUCCCUCGACGAAGACGACGUCUACCGCGAGGACCUCUUCUCCCUCGUCCCCGUCGCCGUCUCCGUCCACAUGGAGGACCAGACCAUCUUCGACGACGACGGCUGGAUGACCACACCGCUCCUCGAGCCCUCCCGCGCCGACAUGUACGCCACCUACCGCUACGUCUACGCCGAGAUCCUGCAGAUGUGGAACCAGCCCCUCGCCCGCCUCGAAAUCAUGAAGUUCAACGUCCUCCAACAGACACAGGCUGGCCUCGAAGACUCCUUCCACGAGACCUUCAGCGUGGCCGACACGUCGACCACAAUCCAACAACAUCACCACCAGCCCCAACUCUCCCAAUCCCUCCCAACCCACGCCCAGCACGCUUCACACCACCAACAACAACCGACGCAACCGCACACCACCUCCCCGAUCCUCCUCGGCAAAAAGGAACAACUCCAAUCCCUCGUCGCCUCCGGCCGCGGCCUCGACGUCACCGGCGUCUGCCGCGUCCACGAGACCCAGCUCGAGCCCCUCAAAUACACCUCCGCCACCGCCUCCCGCCUCGGCGGCGCCGUCGGCACCUGCGACCGCUGCCGCCGCCUCCAGUCCCAGCUCCUCUGCGCCUACUGCCGCGAGCCCGUCGACGCCCUCUACCCCCCCUGCCUCGGCUGCGGCUGCGCCUUCCACGACGCCUGCCUCGCCGAGUGGCACGCCGCCGGCGAGCUCCUCUGCCCCGCCGGCGACGAGUGCAACUGCGUCGAGGAGGCCUCGAGCGGCCAGGUCGAGAGCUGGGCCGCCAUGAUGGGCGCCCUGCGGAAAGGAGGCCCCGCCGCCGCGGCUGCGGCUGCCCCGGCGGGUGGGGUCAACGGCAGGACCGGGUUGAUGCUGCCGCCGCCCGCGAUAGAAGAGCCCGGCGACGAGGUCGAGAGGGGUGACUGGGAGAGCGUGGCGAGCUCGGCCGGGAUCCCGAGCCGGAUGCAAGGCGGGGGCACGGUCAUGAGCGCUGCCAAGAUCAGUCUCGGGAACAGGUUGAAGAAGUCCGCCGGCGAUUGGUCCCGGGCCUCGACGAACUUGAGGAGGAGAGGUGGUGGAGGAGGAGCGAAUGGGGGAGGUAUGAGCGGGAGCUGGCGGAGUGUGAGGUGA